AUGAAUAGCCUCAAAGCACUACUCGCGCUGCUGCUGGCGAUCACCACUGUUGCAUGCGCAAAGGCUGCAGCAAGCGAAGAGGAGUCCUCCCCAUUCAACUACAUCACAGCGAACUUGCUGGCCCAGCUGUUGAUUAUGUUGAUUUUGUUCCUUGGGAGUUGUAUUGGCGUCUGCUGCCUAAUGAAGAUCGACACGCCCUCGACCUUCUCUGACAAGCCUCUCGUUAUCAACAAGGAAUACUGA